AUGACGAAUCUUAUUGAUAUUAAAUCUCAUUUAUCCAAUGAUCCUAUUGAUCAUUAUAUUAUGGAACAUACUUUUCGACCAACAAAAGAACAAAAUGAAUUACUUGAAUAUACAAGAUCGUUACCAGAAAAAUUUGCAUUAAUGAUUGGUUCAACGGAUGCUGCACAAUUCUUUCAAAUACUUAUUCGAAUAGGACAAUAUAAACGUUGUAUUGAGGUUGGAACUUUAUCUGGUUAUACAGCUAUGACAAUGGCUAUGGCUCUUCCCGAUGAUGGACUUAUGGUUACUUUAGAUAUUGAUGAUAAAUACGUUCGACCUGAUAUUUGGAAAAAAGCUGGUGUUGAAAAUAAAAUUGAUUUACGUAUUAAACCUGCAAUUGAUGCACUUCAAGAUCUAUUAAAUGAAUAUGGAGAAAAUAGUUUUGAUUUUAUUUUUAUUGAUGGUGAUAAGCCAAAUUAUGUUAAUUAUUAUGAUUUAUGUCUUCGUUUAGUACGUUCAAAUGGUUUAAUUGCAAUUGAUAAUACACUUUAUACAGGUUUUGUUGCUGAUGCAACUAAAACCGAUAUUAAUACAGUUACUAUUCGACAAUUAAAUGAUAAAAUCAAAUUGGAUCAAACUGUUGAUGUUUGUCAAUUACGUCUUGGAGAUGGAACUACAUUUGUACGAAAGAAAUAA